AUGUGUCAAACUCACCAUCUCCGCUCCCGCAACUGCGGCCACCACUGGUUGCAGAUCUCGCGGCCGUGCUACCCGGGCUGGGGGUUCAACAUAUGUGACACGUUCGGGGACGGAAUCGCGCGCGACCCGUCUCCGCUGCUGAAUGCCGAGGCGCUCUGCCCUGCCUGCGCAUAUGGCGGCCGCUACGACAAGAACCAGGUUCGCAUGGUUAUGGACAUUAAGGAUCGCUGGCGCUGGGGCCGUGGGCCGUGCAAGCAGGACGCCGGGAUCGAGUGCGUCAUACUCUGA